CCUUGGGACCACGGGCUGGGCGUCUGAAUCUCAUUCUGCUCACCUGAGAAGGGGGAUAAUAAUAGCAGGGGCUUUACCGGGUUGUGGGGAGCGUCGGAGGAGGCCAUGCAUGGAGCGGCAGGAGGUGGUGGGUGGUGAGCCCAUAAUUAGGUCUGUGAAAAUAGAACUGUGGGUGGGUCUGCCUGCAGAAGGCGUCUCUCCGGGGCAGAUCCUCACCCCAGCCCAGGGCCCUUGCCAGCCUCUCCAGCAGCCCCAAUAAACCAGAGGGACAGCGACACGCUCAAAACUCAUAACCCCGAUCCCAGCCAGAGCCGCGACCGUGCAGUCCAGGGAACCUCUCUUGGGUGGUGAGCACCCCGUCGCUGGGAGGAUCCAAGCAGGGCUGCCAUGGAGGAAGGCUCCUACUCAGAGUUUUCUAGGCUCCGCAGAAGGCGGCAGUGCUGUGGACGGGGCAUGCAGCUGGGGGUGCUGGCGCUGGUGACCGUGGCGCUGUGGGCCGGGCUGAUGACCCUGCUUCUCCUCUGGUACUGGGACAGUGUGCGGAACCUGAAGCAGCUGGAAGGGACCACUGCGUGGAACAUGUCUCAGGUUUCCAAGGACGUGAGCAGACAGAAGGGUGACCAGAAGGCCCAGAAAUCCCGGGCUGCCCAGAUGACACAGGACAUGGAGAGAAUCCAGGCGGAACAGGAGCGGCUGAAGGCUCAGGGCUCUGAGCUCUCGCAGAACCUGGACGGACUUCUGGAGGACCUGAGCAGCCUCAAGUCCCAGAGUUUGAACGAGAGGCGCACAGACUUGGGUUCACUGGAGAGACUCCAGGAGGAGGUGGCGAGGCUGUGGAUAGAGCUGCGCGUGUCCAACGGCUCCGUGUGUGACACGUGCCCCGAGAAGUGGGUCCAUUUCCAGCGGAAGUGCUACUACUUCGGCGAGGGCCCCAAGAAGUGGAUUCAGGCCCGGUUUGCCUGUGAAAACCUGCAGGGGCGGCUGGUCAGCAUCCACAGCCGGGAGGAGCAGGCCUUCCUCACCAAACACGCCAGCAGGAAGGGCUCCUGGAUCGGCCUUCGGGACCUGGACAUAGAGGGGGAGUUUAUCUGGAUGGACCAGAAGCCCCUGGACUAUACCAACUGGCGGCCCGGGGAGCCCAACAACCAGGCCCUGGGCGAGGACUGCGUGAUGAUGCAGAGCUCCGGGCAGUGGAACGACGCCUUCUGCGGCAGCCGGCUGGACGGCUGGGUGUGUGACCGGCUGGCCGCGUGCUGACUGCCCGCCGCCUCAGUGCGCCGGGGUCCGCUGGGAUGAGCUCCCGCACCCGGGCCCUGGCAGACCCCCACCCACCUGCCAGGUGCUCCCCUCCGCAUCACUCCCCACCUUGAACAUGGAGACAGCUGGGCCCACAGUGGGACCCUGAAGACCCCCAACUGAGGCCGCAUGCCUCUCUGGUGGUUAAAGGUCCCCAUGACGUUUUCCCCACCCAAACGGAGGCAGCCGACCCAUCCCCAGCCUCCACCAC